GGUGGGCGGGGGCGGGGGCUCGUAGCGCUGACCCGGCCGGGCGGCCACGUGCGGGAAAUGUCCGCCGGCUCCUGCUGGCCGCGGGGACACCCCGGCGCCCGCUUCCGCUCCCGCUGCUCGCAGGGCCGCUCCCCUUCACCUUUUCUUCAUUUUGUUUCUGUUUCUGUUUUUGUUUUUUUUUUUUGAGGCCUCGGGGAUCCGCUGCACGUCGGACCUUGACCUGCGGCCUCGGAAGAGGCGGGCGAGAUCCACUGGCCAGGCUCUGACCGCCUGACCGCCUUCCUGGGCGGCGGAGUCCGGGCCCCACGCCAGGACUCUCCCUUCCCCUACAGCAUGCAGCCCCAGGAGAGCGGCGUCCAGUACAGCAGGUGGGAUGACCGCAGCCGCGACGAGGUCCAUGUGGCGGCCGGGUCCAGCGCAGAGGCGGCCUGGAGCUGGGAGCGGAUCUCCCGGAAGCUGUGCUCGGGCAAGCUGGGCAUUGCCAUGAAGGUGCUGGGCGGAGUGGCCAUCUUCUGGGCCAUCUUCAUCCUCGGCUAUCUCACUGGUUACUACGUGCACAAGUGCAAAUGAGGCCGUCCAACGCGGACGCUCGGGGCCGGCUGCCUGUGCGCGGGGACGUGGGCUUGGACGGACCCCUGUAUACCAGCACCACUUUGUGUACACAGAACCCCAUAUAUACAGUCCUCGCGUACGGAAGACUCUUUUCUCUGGACAGACGUCCCCCCCCCCCCGGCCCGUGGUGUGGUCACUGGCCAGCACGUGGGCACACAGGUGCACAUGCCUGGCAGCACGUAGCUAGCCUGGGACACGCGUGGCUGGGAGAGGGGCCCGCUGGAGCGGGGACUGUAGGACACGCCCCCAUGGCCCCUGCAGGGAGAGGUCCUCCCUGGGCGGGCUUCUGCCCACCCUCCCAGGGCCGAGAACCCAUCCUGGAAGUUGGUCUUGAGGGGGUGGGGGUGGGGAGUGGGAGGGGUGGAGUCUCUGCCCUUGUCUGGGGCCCAUCUCCCAGUCUUCCCUGCUGUGAACCGGGGUGUCCCCCCUUGAGGGAGCGGAUCCAGUGGGAAGGCACUUCCCCACCGGGCCCUGUGGGAGCCCGUGUGCUGAGGCAGCCAUUAAAAUUGUUGAAUGAA